AUGGCUCCUCCCGUUACUGCCCCCCAGGUAUCCUUUGCCAACCACUUAGACGUCAGCGUCAUAGUCUACGACUCCUUCAGUGACCAAGACAAGACCAACUAUUUCGGCACCUUGACCUCCAUUGCAACUGUACCCCCAAAGACCACAGCUUCACUGCAGCUCAAGCACCACCCAGCCUCAGUGCUGAUCGUCAGCGAUGCAAAGUCCAACUCCCCCCUAGCACGCAUCAUCUACUUGCAAGAUGUGAGCACUGGUCCCUUCGCUGUAGGCGAAGCCGAUGUCAAAGCCAUGGCCCAAACCAUGGCGUUCAUCACCUUCAUCACAAACAAUAAGAAUGACCCUCUUACUCAAGCGUUCAACGCUAUCUGGAAAGAUACCUCGAAGCCACAAGUCACUCCCGUGAACAAGUUCUUUGCUCAGCAUGAGCAAUACAAGAGCUGUACAUUUGCUACCUACAUGAUGGGUAUCACAUACACAGCAGAGCAACCUGAGUCCAAAGGCAAGCCUAUGGACCAGGCCUUGUACUCGCUAAGUACUCUCGCCACGCUGCUCGGCGCAACCUGGCCGGAAUUCUUGCCGGAUAUUGUGGUGACCAAGUUCACUUGCAAUACCAAUAAUGAUAUCCUAGCUCUUCAAGCUGGGAUAGACCUGAAGAAGCUGCCUGCCCAGUCAGAUGAGGCACUACAGUUCUUUGGGUCGCUGUUCAAUGUCCAGCAGCUCCAGGUCUCAGUCAUGUUCAAUUACGCUGUAGGCUUGAACAUAUUCGGCACCCGCCUGUCCAUCAGCCUGGAUGCUAUGCACGUACCAUUUGGAGGCGCGGGAACCCUGAACAUCAAUAAGCCCACUGCCACCAUUGACAUCAAUCCACUAUUCAAGUUCGUCGUCUUCACUGUUACUGGCGACAUGCCGUUUGACAUCUUCGACAACAAGUUUGAGGCUGAUUUGUCUAUGACAAUCGACAACAUCGAGGCUGCCUUUGGUGUUGUCAUCAAGGGAGACAAAGGCCCGUUGCCAGCGCCACCAGUCAUGAAGGGCGUGCACUUUGACUCGUUUGGAGUCGGCAUCGGAAUCAUCUUCGAGCCUCCAAGUGCAGCAAUCGGCUUGUCAGGUCAACUUCACAUCGGUGACGCUGCCAGCAAUACCAUCGUGCCUCUUGAUGAUGACUCGUUCGUGGUUGUCUGCCAGUUGAUAGAGGAGGUCCCAAACCCUCUCUAUAUCUCCUUCUAUGUGCCCAAGAUGCACCUGACGGACAUUUAUACAGUCUUCACCAACGCCCAAUGUCCUGUGGAUGUACCUGUGUUGUUCUCCGACCUCUCCUUCCAGUGGUCUGAGAAUCCCAUGGAACCCGUCGUGUUGCCUGACGGGUCGCUUUCCAACAUGGGCUACGGCUUCAGCGCCGCUGCCGACAUCUUUGGCUUCGACUUCUACGGCGACGUGGAGCUUGACCUCACUAACGGGGUGAAAGCCGACAUUGAGAUGUCUCCCUUGUCGCUCGGCAACAUAUUCUCGAUCAAGGGAGAUGGCUCUGGCGUUAGCUUGAAGGUGGAUGCCAAUGGAAAUCCCAUCAAGAACAAUCAGAUCAUUACCAAGGCUGCGCAGAAGCAGGCACUCCAAAACGCCACGAUGAAGCAGAUGGUGCCUCCGGGUGGCGCAGUGUUGAAGAUUCAGACACUGGCCUCGCCCUUCUUACAUAUCAACGGCACUGUUAAUUUAUUCGAGGUCGAGAACUGGCACCUAGAGGCAGACAUCACCUCGGGUGGCAUCAAGUUCGACGUAGGAUUCGGCGGCAUCUUGACUUCCAACAUGAGCUGCACACUAUCUGACUUCCACAACCUGGCGGCCUCAUUCCAAUACGGCCUCAAUGACACUAUUUCACUACCCUCAAUCGGCGGUAUAAGCCUCGGCUCUAUGCCCUUGCAGGCACUGGUCGGUGCGCACUUCGCACUGAACACCAGCUCGUCAGACAUCGUGCUAUCAGUUGGAGGCAGCUUCGAUUUCGAGGGCCUGACGCGCAGCUUUGGCGACUUCACAGCUGACGUCAACAUCUCAAGCGUAAGUGAUCUCCUCAACGCCAUCCUCAACAACAUCGAGAACAACGCCAGCCAGAUAUUCGGCGACCUGUUGAACGAAGCUGGUGCGUGGGCUGGUAAGGUUCAGCAGAGUGUCAUCACAGGCGUUGAGAACGUCGCAAGCGUCUUGCAAAAUGCCUUCAAUCAAGACGCAAACCAGGCAGCCGCUACUAUGAAGGAAGCAGGCUUCGCAGCCGACACUAUAGCCAACGGUCUGAAAACUGCCUAUGGUUUGUCGGCCACGGCUGUCGCACAGACUAUGCAGCAGGUUGGAUUCGCUGCUCAGGAAGUAGCGUCAGCGCUGCAGAGCGCGUUUGGCAAUGAUGCCGUGGCAAUAGCUUCAGCUAUUCAGACGGCGUAUGGUUGGAGUGCUGACCAGAUCAACGACUUGUUGGGUCAGAUUGGUUUCAGCGCUGAUCAAAUUGGCCAAGCCUUCCAACAACUCGGGGGAGAAUUUGAAGAUAUUGGGAAUAAAAUUUUACAUGGUCUUGACCCUUCGAACUGGCCGAAUCCUUUCGGUGGUGGUGGCAUCUUCGGAGGCGGCGGUAUCUUUGGUGGUGGGUUUCCGUAG